AUGUUGAGAGCAGGGUUCUUGUGCUUCGCAGUUCUGGCUAUUGCUUAUAUUCAAGCGGAAAAUCAAGAGAGGCAGGUGGGAAUAUGUGACGAGGAGUGUAGCAGCGGCGCCAUCGCUCGUGCUCUCCAAAUUGGAGGCUGCCCAGUGGGAUAUGAGUGCAGGUCAAAUGGCUGCGGACACAGCUGUCAGAAAGUGACCAAAGAACCAGUUUUUGGACUCUGUGUUGAACUAUGCGAGGCACAGGGGUGUCCUGAAGGCUAUGAAUGUCGUUCAAACGGCUGUGGUCACACAUGUCAGGUAGUCCUGUCGUGA